AUGUCGGAGGACGAAGCCGACAUUUUUAAGCUUCGUGUUGUUCUGCUCUGGUUCUUGAUUCUAAUUACAGACAAGCAAGUCCUGCUAAGCCUGCGUUCAUUCCUCGAGCAAGAAAAUCCCAUUUCAGCCUAUCAGGCAAAGUACACACACUGGAAUGCAAACGACACGUCACCGUGCGGCUGGCCCGGGAUUCGAUGCGAUAGCUCGUCCGAACGCGUGACAGCUGUCGACCUCUCGGGCUGCAGCAUAGCCGGAAACAUCUUCCGGAACUUCUCCGCCUUAACCGAGCUCUCGUACCUCGACCUGUCACAGAACACGAUAGGUGGGGCCCUCAAUGAGGACUUAAGCCGAUGCCUCAAUCUGAAGUUCUUGAAUUUAUCGCAUAACAUAAUGAACGGCGAACUGAACCUCACGGGACUAAGUCACUUGGAAGUUCUUGAUUUGUCGGUUAACCGAAUGCAGGCCGAUAUUCGGCUGGCCGUGCCUUUGGACUGCAGCCGUUUAGUGGCUGCGAAUAUUUCGGAUAAUAAUUUCACAGGCUCGGUCGGGAGAAUAUUUAAAACGUGCUGGAAUUUGAGGUACCUUGACCUCAGCGUGAACCGUUUGACCGGGAAUUUAUGGGCCGGGCUCGAUAAACUGGUUGAGGUUUCGUUAUCCGAGAACGAAUUUUUCGGUUUGGUGCCUGGGUGGAUUUUCUCUAAGAAUUGCAGCCUAACGUCUCUCGAUUUGUCCGAAAAUCAGUUUUCGGGUCGUUUUCCAGCCGAAAUUUCGAACUGUAUUGAUCUGAACGUGCUGAACUUAGGUGGGAACAGGUUUAACGAUUCUAUUCCGAGAGAAAUCGGGUAUUUGCCCGGUUUAGAGGCGCUUUACUUGGGCAACAACAGUUUCUCUCGAGAAAUCCCCGAGACUCUAUUAGGCCUCAGAAAGUUAUUGUUUCUUGAUUUGAGUCGAAAUCGAUUCGGAGGAGACGUGCAGCCGAUUUUUGGGUUGUUUAAAACGGUGAAGUUUCUUUUAUUACACCACAAUUCGUACUCGGGAGGUUUGUACACGUCAGGUAUUCUCGCUCUCCCGAACGUGUCUCGUCUCGACUUGAGCUUCAACAACUUCACGGGCCCACUUCCCGUCGAGUUUUCCCAAAUGCCGAGCCUAAAAUUCUUGAUUCUCUCGUCCAAUCGUUUUAACGGGACCAUACCUUCCGAAUACGGAAGCUUCCGGAAGAUCCAGGCCCUCGACCUCUCGUUCAAUAACCUCACGGGCCCAAUUCCCCCGAGCCUCGGGCGAUUAAAAUCUCUCUUGUGGCUUAUGCUCGCGAAUAAUUCGCUCACGGGCGAAAUCCCGUGGGAAUUGGGCAACUGCAGCAGCUUGCUCUGGCUGAACCUCGCGAACAACGGGCUCUCGGGCCCUAUUCCUCGCCAGCUGGCGAGGAUCGGUUCUGACCCGAUGCCGACUUUUAUGGCCAACCGGGCGAACGACGUGAUGCCAGCUGGCUCGGGCGAGUGCCUGGCGAUGAAGAGAUGGAUACCGGCCGAUUACCCUCCAUUUAGCUUCGUUUACGUUCUUCUCACUCGAAAAAAAUGCCGGAGUUUGUGGGAUAGGAUUCUGAAAGGAUAUGGGCUUUUCUCGAUUUGUUUGCCGGGCUCGAACGUUCGGACGAAUCAGCUCUCGGGAUACAUCCAGCUCAGCAGAAAUCGAUUAUCUGGCAAAAUCCCGGUCGAGUUAGGCAAGAUGUUGAAUUUCAGCAUGCUGCAUUUGGGAUUGAAUUCAUUUCACGGCGAGCUUCCCUCCGAAAUCGGACAGCUUCCUCUCGUUGUCCUAAACGUCUCGAGUAACGUUCUCUCGGGCAAUAUCCCGAUUCAGAUAGGUAACCUCAAGUGCCUCCAGAAUCUCGAUUUGUCGAACAAUAAUUUUUCGGGCCCGUUCCCGAACACCUUGAACAACUUGAACGAACUCAUCAAGUUCAACGUAUCGUACAAUCCUUACGUGUCCGGCGCCAUACCCUCGACCGGCCAGCUGGCGACUUUCGACAAGUCGUCGUUUUUUGGUAACCCACUUUUGCGUCUUCCCCCGUUUUUCUUCGAGCCCACGAGUACAACAACGAACCAUACGCCGUUUCGAACCGAUAUCGGGCCGGAUAAUCCAAGCCCGAGACACGUGGGCCUGUUUAUAGCCUCGACUCUCGCGUUCUUGGUUUGCGGGGUACUAACUCUCAUCGUUUGGCUAGUCGUAAAUAGCCCGACUAGAUAUUUUAUCGAAGAUUCGAAAGAUUUCGGUUCGAACACGGUCGAAGUCAUCCGUCUCGACAAGAAGACGGCGUUCACGCACUCGGACAUUCUCGAAGCGACGCGCAACUUUUCGAGCGAGAGGAUAAUCGGGAUGGGCGGCUCGGGGACCGUGUACAGGGGAACCCUGCCAGACGGGCGCCAGGUGGCGGUCAAGAAGCUCCAAUCCGAAGGUCUCGAAGGGGAGCGCGAGUUUCGGGCCGAAAUGGAAGUCCUAAGCGUAAACGGGCCCCACCCGAACCUCGUGACGCUCUACGGGUGGUGCCUAAACGGGCCCGAGAAGCUUCUCGUUUACGAGUACAUGGAAGGGGGGAGUCUCGAGGAGCUCGUGGCCGAUUGGGAUAGGCUCGACUCGAGUAAGCGUUUGGAAGUGGCGGCUGAUGUGGCGCGAGCGCUCGUUUUCCUUCACCACGAGUGCUUCCCGAGCGUCGUGCACCGUGACGUGAAGGCGAGCAAUGUGUUGCUGGAUAAAAACGGGCGGGCCCGGGUGACGGAUUUCGGGCUGGCCCGAAUAGUGGAUGACGGGGGGAGCCACGUCAGCACGAUGGUGGCGGGGACGGUGGGUUACGUGGCGCCGGAGUACGGGCAGACGUGGCGGGCCACGACGAAAGGGGAUGUUUAUAGUUUCGGUGUGCUGGCGAUGGAGCUCGCUACGGGGAGGCGGGCCGUGGACGGUGGGGAAGAGGAGGAGUGUUUGGUGGAGUGGGCCAAAAGGGUUAAUGGUGUUGAUGGGCUGAAGGUGGGCCUGGGCCCGGAGGAUGGGGUGGAGAAGAUGGGUGGGCUGCUGAGGGUGGGGAUGUGGUGUACGGCGGAGAAGCCGAGUUCGAGGCCCAAUAUGAAGGAGGUUUUGGCCCUGCUGUAUAGGAUCUGUUUUGGUGGUACUGUUGAUGGUGGUGGCCCUUUGGAUGGUAUGUGA